AUGACCAUGGCCGUGUCCACCAUGACCAUGACCGUGUCCGCCAUGACCAUGACCGUGUCCGCCAUGACCGUGACCGUGUCCACCAUGUCCACCAUGACCUGCUUCGGUGACUUCAUUAAAACCUUGAGUACUGCCAAUAAUUUUGUUAAUAACAGAAACGGGAGAAGCCCAAAUUUGCAAGAUAGCGAACAAAAGAAAAGCGAUGGCCACUUUCAUGCAGCAGAUUUUAGAAGAAGGUGUAAAAAUCAACUAUUGUCGUUUAUAUUUAGAAACGGAAGCUUCUGGAAUCAUGCUAUUUUAUUUAUUAAUCAUUUACGAGUGACAAAAUUAACCAACUUCUUUUCAAAUGAAUACCUUACCGUAUAUCAAUGUUUAAUAAUUAGAUCCGGUUUCUUCAAUAUGGUUUUAUUCUUAUCAGCAAUGAGUCCGUCUUGUAAGUCCUCAUUAUUAGUACAUAAUCCCGAAUCACUGAUAAAACAGUUGCGCGGAGCAUUAUUGCUGCGCUCCAUAUACCAUGUACCUGGAAUGACUGAGCUUAUCAAUGGUUCUGAGAUGACCAAAAUCAAGCAACGCAGCUGGAUGAUUAGCGUGUUGGAUCAUCCGCAUUACAUACAGCAAAUUUUAUGCAGCAGAACCCACUCCAAGCGUUACUGUAAGAAGACCGAGCAUAUGUUGGGAAUAUUUAAUGUAAGGGUUGGGCUUGUAACUAUUCCGUUUCCCCUUUCGUAUUUAGAAGAACAAGAAAAGGCGUUAAUGCAAAGUUUCUCUUCCAACGUCGAUAUUGAGUCUUCUCGUUUCUGCUUACUUUUGGUGUCUACAUUUGUCUUGCUUUUUGUAACGGUUACUGAAGUAGAUGGGUUGCCUUUGGAUUGUAACUUUGAAAAGGGAAUUAACAGUGUUAAAGAUCAUGAAAGAGCUCUCGAAUGUCAGAUGGAACAGGAAGCAAAAUUAUAUCGUUCGUUUUAGCAAGCAGCUGGACCACAGGAUCCCAACUUCAAACCUAUGGUGAUUGCUUCGGGAGGUCCUAGUUCUGGUAAAAAUUGAAAAGAUAAUAAUACAUUAAUCGUAGUUACAUUUCGUGCUAUAAUAAAUAUUAUCAUAUACUACGAG